AUGGAUAGCAGUCAUAGCAUAGCCAAAAAAUGGAGGCAUCUAAGUGGCCAGAACAACUGGCAGGGCCUGUUGGAUCCUCUUGACAUUGAUCUCCGUCGCUACAUAAUUCACUACGGAGAAAUGGCUCAAGCUACUUAUGAUGCCUUCAACACAGAGAAGGCAUCAAAGUAUGCUGGAAGCAGCAGAUAUGCCAGAAAGAAUUUUUUCUCUAGAGUUUGUUUAGAGAAAGGCAAUGCUUUUAAGUACAAAGUGACCAAAUUUGUGUAUGCAACCUCACAAAUUCAAGUCCCUGAGGCCUUUCUCAUUAAGUCUCUAUCAAGGGAGUCUUGGUGCAAGGAAUCCAAUUGGAUGGGGUACGUUGCUGUGGCUACAGAUGAAGGGAAGGCUGCGUUAGGCAGGAGGGACAUUGUGAUUGCUUGGAGAGGCACUGUGCAAUCAUUGGAGUGGGUUAAUGACUUGCAAUUUAAUUUGGUUUCUGCCUCAAAAUUACUUGGUGAGGACGGUGAUCCUAAGGUGCACGAAGGUUGGUACUCUAUCUAUACUUCAGAUGAUUCGCGUUCGCCUUUCAACAAAACCAGUGCCAGAUAUCAGGUUAUUGAAGAAGUUAGGAGACUAGUAGAGCAAUUCAAGGAUGAGGAAAUUAGCAUCACAAUAACAGGGCAUAGUUUGGGUGCAGCAAUUGCCACACUGAACGCAGUUGACAUUGUUGCCAAUGGCGUAAACAGGCCAAAGGAGCAGCCAAACAAAGCCUGUCCAGUAACAGCCAUUGUCUUUGCCAGCCCUCGAGUUGGAGACUCAAACUUUGAGAAGGUCUUCUCCGGGCACAAAGAUGUUCGAGCCUUACGCGUUCGUAAUGCUUUGGAUGUUGUCCCCAACUACCCAAUUCCAUUGGGUUACUCGAACGUGGGAGAAGAGCUGGCCAUCGACACUCGAAAAUCCAAGUACCUGAAGAGCCCUGGAGGGCUGGCAAGUUGGCAUAACUUGGAAGGGUACUUGCAUGGAGUUGCAGGAACACAAGGGAGCAAAGGAGGGUUCAAGUUGGAAGUUAAGCGUGACAUAGCCCUGGUAAAUAAGAGUGCUGAUGAUUUGAAGGAGGAGUAUCUUAUACCGGCGUCUUGGCGGUGUGAGAAGAACAAGUGCAUGACUCAGCUGGACGACGGUUCUUGGGUGCUGAGAGACCAUGAGGAUGAUGAUGAUGCUGAUUUUUAA